CUUUUCUUUUCUCAGCAUAACCGCUUCAUAACUAUAAUAUACACCUUUACCUAAUAGUAUAUUUUUUCGCUUUUUGUUCCCUUUGUCUAUAUAUCAAAUGCAUCAUCACCGUUACCCAUUUUACGCUUCCUUUUGGUCACCCAAUGCUUCACAAAACGGCAUUCCAGACUUUUCUCACGGACUCAUUGUCCUUCAUCAAAAGCUUCAACAAUCCAUUGAAGAAAAUCAGGUGAUCGCCGACUACCUUCAAAAACGAGCAGCUGUCGAGCAGACGUACGCCAACCAAUUGACUGCUCUCGACCAACAAUCGCUUAACUCAGCAACGACAACAAGCAGCAGCAAUGACAAAGCGUUCGAUCGAGACAUUGGAGCCGGGCUCAAGAAAUGCUUCGAAGUCGUACGCGCAGAAAGCAGCGAUUCUGCCAACACACACCGACAGCGCGGCAACAACUUGACAAACACUGUACUUGAUCCGCUAGGACGUUUCUCCAGCAGAUAUAAGCGCAUCGUCACACAAGCCAAGAAAAUGAUGGAUGACAAGAUUACACAGUUUAUCGACUCUGCCAAGGUGCUGGAUCAAGCGAGCGCAACCUAUGUUGAAAAAUGUCGAGCAUUGCAAGGGAUAUGCCCAGAGUAUAAGCACCCAGACGACCCUAUUUGGGUUCAUGACUGGAUGUUUACGCGCAAAAAACUAUCUCGGAUUUUGGAACAGUUGGAUGGGUUAAGUGGACAAGCCAUUGUGGAGCAUAUACUUCAACAAUCUCAGCAAAAUCAGGAUGAGGUUUCCUCACGCCACAGCAAUGUGAGUGGCUGGUCAAUUACUAUCGAUCUUGGUCCGAUGUUCGACGAUCCAGAGAAAGACUCGGUCACACUCUGUCAGGCGCUUCUCGUCCAAGGAUAUUUGAGACCGUCAUCUGCCACUGCCUCCUCUUCCUCUUCCGUCGCCUCCUACUCUCCUUCGAACGACUUUUCCAAAGAUGCUCGAUAUACUGUUGAGUAUCCGACGAUCGGCAUGCCGGGCACAUCUUACUCGGAAUAUCUCGCCGAGCAAAGUAAAUCAUUCGAUUCUACAUCAAGUGGAAUGGGCUCACUGUUUGGGCGUUGGGGACGAUCCAAUAAUGGCUCGAUAGAAGAUGCAUGCUACCGAGCGAUUCAAGAAAUGGAUCAUGCAGACAAAGUGUAUCGCAGCUGUGUCAAAGAAGUGGAUCUCAUAAGAAUGGAAACAGAAGAGGCAUUGUUCUCUCACUAUGAGGAAAUGGAAAGUCUCGAGCUCGAGCGCAUACAGACAAUAAAACAAGCAUUCGUGAGCACCGCUGCCAUACUCUCCAACUCAAUACCGUUUUACAAAGAGCUCUAUGAUCGGAUGAUGUUGUAUCAAGAAACAUUGAAACCAGACAAGGAUGUACAGUUUAUUGUUGAACAGUACCGCACUGGGCGAUUUUGUCCACGUCCGCUUCUAUAUAUCAACUAUUUUCACGGUGCUGCUAUGGAUCAAAUCUUUGGUGUACCGUUGGAAGAGUAUGCACAAAUCCAUAAGGUGGCUGUACCUCCAAUAGUUUCACAAGGUCUUUCAGCAAUUGAAUCUAGUUUCUCACAAAUCUACAAAGAAGAGCGAACGAAAAUGUGGACUACAGAAAUCCAACUGGAUCAAGCACAUGAAGCCCGAGACAAGUUGAACAUGCCAUCACUUUCUCUUGUUUUGAUGAACCAAAACCUAGAACGAUAUGACGUGAUGGUGUUAGCAUCUUUAAUACGUUUAUAUCUUAUGGAGCUACCCGAAUGUCUACUGACAUUUGAGUUAUAUGACCCCAUCAAACUUUUAUAUACCAAUCAGCAUCUUGAUGAAGCUGCACGUAUGGCUUCUGUUAGAAAGCUAUUAACCACCUUACCAUCAUCGAACUUUUAUACCCUAAAAGCACUAUUGGAGCAUUUUCACAGAUUAAUAGCAGAAGCAAAAGGCGAUAAAACUGAAACAGAAGAGAUGCUACAUGAUCUUGCUGUGAGUUUUUGUCAUGUGCUGAUACGACCACAGGUCGAAAGCACAUUAAAUCUGCACGACCGGCAUCCGUACAAGCUUAUUCGAGACUUGGUUAGCAACGUCGAAACUGUCUUUUCGAACGAUGCUAUCAAGGCUCAUGAAGAGUAUGCUCAUAGACGUGCUAUCGUUGCUCUCCCGACAUCUACGAACAACUCCUCGGUCAAGGAGCCGUCACUUGAAGUUUCGUCAACAUCAACUGCGUCAUCAAUCUCGUCAACGCAAGUUACUACACCUACUCGUGAAAGCAUACAUAGUGCUGAACAUAAGGAAAAGUCGGAUGAUUAUUACCAUAAGCAGCAGCAGCAGCACCAAGAGUUUUCUCCACCCGCACGCAGACGUACACUGCUGUCCUUUAUGAGAAGAAGUUCAUCUACGACGACAGCAGAUCUUGCCAGGUCUUCUAGCAUGUCCACACACCCUCACAGGCCAAUUCCAGUCCCUUCGUCCAGCACUCUUUUCGAAGAUCCGGAUGAAACACCGUCGCCUCGACCAGGCCGUGCCUCAGCAGAGCCUCCUACUCGACCUAGAAGCUCACUUACGACCGAAUUACCUUCCCGACGCCGUUUGUCGGAAGAACCAUCCUCUAAACCAACCAUGCCUUUAUCCGAACCACCAACCAGAAGUCACACCAUAACUGAACCUCCAACACUCGUACAAUUGGACAUAAAUGAAUCCCCAAAACUGACACCACCACCAAAAGACCAUGACGACGAGCCGAUCACAGUAGCAUCUGAUGAUGUCAAGAAGAAGCAACAAACCAGGGAUUCGAGGGCAUCCUCAGUAGGAACCUUCCAAGGAAGCUUAGACUCUUUCUUUAUAGACGAAGAUAUGUAGUGUUACUUUGGUAAAUAUGGACAUGUAUAUGUAAUCCCCUGCCUAUAAAAUUUUAAUGACGAACAUAUAAAAAGAGUUGAAGAAAAGGGCAUAAAAAAGCAUAUAGUAUAGGACAUAAUAUCUCUGUGUUAUAUACUGGUAUUGAUGCAACCUUAGUUAUGAAGUAAGUGUGGAAUAUGUGAUGUGAAGAUCAUGAGUCUAUCGUGUAGGGUGGUCAAUUU